UCACGCCAGUCUUUUUCUCGCUCGCUUCGUCGUCUUCGACGGGGUGCUGCCAUCCUCAUCUCCGUCUCUGUCUCUGCCCCUGUUUCGUUUCUUUCCGUGUACCUUUUUCCUUUGUUUUGGCGAGAAGAUGGCGACCCGCACAUGCACGGAGGAUUCGCGUAAUCUUUUCUUGCCACAUUGACCGCGUAAUGGCGUGCGUUAGCUGUCGCGAUCCGUCGACAAAUUUAGAAGCUGCCAUUACGAGCAGAGCAGAGUCUACGUCAUCUUGCACCUCCUUCGCACCGCGGACGCGGCCUCUUUUAUUGCGCCUCACGACAAGAACUCGCCGUGGCUGAAGCCACUUCCCCACGAUCUCUCUUCUUCUUCUUCUUCUUCCGGGUCGCUCUCGUUUCCUUUGGCCAUUUCUGUUCGAUCGAGUUUUCGGGAGUUUCGCCUCAGCGAUUCCGAGUUCGUAAUUUUCAGCAUCCAUUUGCUUCGACUGCGACGCUUUAACUUUGUCUUACUGGCUGGGUCGCAUCAUCGAUCGAAUGGAAUGUUCAUGUCCUUAAUUUAUUGUUAAAGUGACAUUCCUGCGUUUGUUGGUUGCUCAGGUGGGUGAUUUCACGUUCAGUAUUGAUGCAGCCGACUGGGUAUUUCUCUUCCUUUCUCUUUUCCUUUUCUGCUGGUUUUCGCACAUUUCUUGCUUUUUUAUGUGCUUUUCUUGAUGGCCCAUGGAUAAAUUUCUUUGCCUCUCCAUUCAAUGGCCAUGAAAAACCGAUUGUUUGUUCUAGUUGUACAAUGUCCACGAGUGUUUCCCAUGCCCAAUCUACCCACAAAUAGCUGCUAUAGCAUGUCGUCUACACCUGUAAGCUUGCGUAAACAUCUUCAUGUAUAUGUUGACUCAUGAACCUUCGUCUACAUCAGUUUCGGGAAUGGUAUUGCUAAGAACAAAGAUUUGAUGGUAAAUUGCAAACUUUCCAGGAUAAACAGUCACGAGAUUAUGACAUGGGAUCUCUGGGAUCCACCCCACAUCCAAGUUGCACCAGAGAGCAGCAUCGACAUGCAAUGUGGGUGUCAACAUGACUUCCACGGAGGUUAUGGUGUUGAUGUACUAGAAGGGAAUGCAGCAAAUGAGAUGGCUUGUGUACAAGUGCUGCAAAUAUUGGUGAGGAAGGCUGAUGACGAAAUCGAUGAACUAGAAAAGCAUCUGGUGUGCCUGCAAAGUGAACUAGCGUGUGUCGAAUAUGAAGAAUGGCCUAACAUAUGCUGCAAUGCAUUGAAAGAAAAGAUUGAUUACUUUCAUGUAUCUCUGAAGUGGUUGAGAUGUAGAGAUCAAGAUGAUUCGGGCGCUCAUUCAAAUGUGAAUGAGGAACCUGCUGAAAGAAUGCAUGACAUGGUGAAGGCUCUACUCAGGAGCUACUGCCAUGAAAAGAACCAGAAGCAUGAACUUUCUCUGCAAACAAUUGAUGGAAGUUCCAGUACAGAUGCAGUAAAUGAUUCAUCUGUUCAUUCCAAUUCUGACGAGAAACAAUGGGAGGAACCUCAUCCCAAAGCUUUGAUUUCAGAGCCCCCAAGUACCAGUAUCAAAAGCUCCAGUUUGUCUGCUCUAAGAGAUGAAACUACUUGCGAUGGGAAUAUGGUUAAGAUGUGUGAGCCUAAACUGGAAGUUAGUGAUGAUGUUGGACAUGGAAAUGGUAGUGUUAUAGAUAGGAGCAGAAUGUUAAAUCAGCCUUUGAAGCCGCAGGACAGCACCAUGAAAUCUGAUGAGCCUCCAGAUGCAACCACUGAGUAUACUGUUCCAGAUCCUUCUAUUCAUGAUGGUGGUUGCGAUAGGAGAACGAAGACAUCUAACACUGCAACAGGAGCACUUCCAGAAAAUAACAGAAAUCCUGAUGAAGAGCCAAGAUAUAGCGAUCAAAUGCUAAAAAUUGCCUUGAAAGAUGAAAAGGAAGAACCAGAGGCUGCUCUUUCCAAGAAGCAGACCUUGCCGAGCUCAUCUCUGAUUGUUAGUGGGGAAAGCAGAAAUCCUGACACUGAAAGUUCUGCCUUGAACUCAAUGGUAGAGCUAGAGGACCGGAAAAGUGAACAUGUGAUGAAGACAGAUCCUGGGGAAGAAGACAAAGUUUCCACUGCAGUCAAAUUACAGGAUGAUGCUUCUGUUGUAGCUAGAUCCAACUUGAUCCAGUCAAAGAGGCCACAGAAGCAGAAGGUUAAGAGGGAAAUAGAGCAAAAUGUAUUGAGUUCUAAAAGAUUGCAGCAAGUGGAAAUUGCACCUAGUGCAUCCCUUUCAAACACCAUAGGGGGAUGGAUGUUCGGAAUUGUUAACGAGUGCUCCAAUGUAAAGAAGCCUUUGACUGGAAAGAUUUUGAAGGAAUUUGUUCUUGCGAUCCACUCUGAAGCCAAACAUCCUGCUCUCGAACAUGAUGUUAGUGCAGGUUUGGUUUCUCAGCAACAAAGGAAAAGACACAAGACAUCAAACACAGAACCUUCCAUGAGGGUUACCCAUGCACAUGUUAAAAUGGGCGACUUAGUAGCAGAAGUAUCUGGUCCUGGAUGUAAGGCCGAACCACUGAUGAUCAAACAUGAGAAAUCAGAUGAUUUACACAACGAGCUGGGGAUAUUGCAGCGCCCUGCUGAAGUCAGUUUGGAGAGUUUGAAGUUAAAUGAUCUGAGGGCCAUCGCAAAGGAACACAAACUCAAAAACUACUAUAAGCUUACAAAAAAGUUGCUGGUCGAGCAAAUAGCUAAUAAAAUGGGUCGUUGCUAGAUUACGGGUGCGGAUUUUGUUGAGUAUGGUUUGUAUCUGCUAUGUGCUUACAGCUUGUAUUUGCACAUAUGUGGGUAUUCUUGCAACUUCAAUCGCACCUUGGAAAGUUCCGUGCUGAUCCGUGUGGGUUACAGGCUGGCUCCAUCUUCAAAGGACCACGGCGAGAAAUCAUACAUCACGUGAUACACAGUAAUAGGUACUUUAGUAAGAAAAGCUUUAAUACACUUGUUGUUCAGAUAUACAUAAAUAGGUAUACACGUGCUGAAAGAGUAAGCAUGUAGGAAAUGAUGGGAGGAUCACUUGUCUUUUACACUUCGUACAAUUGGGCAAGUAGAAACAAUGUGUUGUCUAGGAGUUGGAGUAUGUAUAUUUCGUUCGUGAAUGUUGACAAAGUGCAGGUGGUAUCACUAUCGACCUUGAAAUUUUCAAUUCUGCUAACAUCA